AUGGCAACAACAAAAAGUAUCUUAUCUGCUGAAAAUUGUCUUUCGUAUCUGACGCUGUGGUCACCACGUUGGAAUUCAAGUUUUUCAGGGGAAAAAAUUUAUUUGGAAAAAAUUUUACGUGCCACAGACGUCAACUAUGUUUACCUUUUGGUACGCCCAAAACGAGGCAAAAACAUAGAUGAACGCAUAAAUGACAUUUUAAAGGAUGAACUCUUUGAUCAACUUCACAAACUGAAACCGAACUCAGCGAAACGUGUGAAGCCCAUAUUUGGCGAUUGCUUGCUACCAAAUCUUGGCCUGAGCAGUGAUGAUUACAAAGAUCUUGUGGAGAAUGUGCACGUUGUGGUGCAUAGUGCAGCCACAGUACGUUUUAAUGAGCCGCUGAGCACCGCAUUGGCCAUAAACGUGCGUGCAACAGUGGACUUAAUAAAACUGGCGAAGAAAAUGCAAAAAUUAAAGGUUUUUGUUCACGUAUCUUCCGCAUUUGCUAACUGCUUCAAGACAGACAUAGAUGAGUGCUACUAUACAGAGCAUUUGAACAUCACUGCAGAAAAGUUAUGCACAUUGGUAGAUAUACUAGGUACGGAGACGGCCGAUCGUUUAGCUACAGAACUAUGCAAAGAUUUUCCAAAUACUUAUUGUUACACAAAAGCUCUCGCAGAAGAAGCUAUUCUUAGUCAAGGCAGUGAACUACCGAUUUGCAUAUUUCGGCCUGGUAUCGUUAUACCCUCUUGCAGUGAACCAGUGCCUGGUUGGAUAGAUACUUUAUAUGGACCUACUAGCAUUUUGUAUGGUGCAGCUUAUGGUGUACUACAUGUGCUUUAUGCGAAUAUUGAAGCAAAUGCUGGUGUGGUGCCAGUAGAUUAUUGUGCAAAUGCUAUGCUUUCUACGGCUUGGUAUACGGCUAAAUCUGUGAGACAAGAUGUUACUUCACCGCCUUCAAUAUACAAUUUAGUUCCGGACUCAGCAAAUCCAUUAAAAUGGAAAUCAUACAUGCGUUCUGUUGAAGAGCAUGGUACGAAAAUGCCUUUAACGAAUAUGAUUUGGUUUCCAUUUUUAAUUCAUACAAAUUCAAUUUUAUUCUACAAGAUAUUAUGCUUCUUCUAUCACACAAUACCAGGAUAUAUAUUUGAUCUGUUAUUAUUGGUACUGGGUAAAAAACGCAGAUUAGUAAAAACUUAUAAAAAAAUCCAUCAACAGAGACCCAUGUUUGAUUAUUUUGUGGAACGUAAUUUCAAUUUUUCGAUAACAAAUUCGAAGCAAUUGUGGAAGAACUUAACUCCGGAAGAUCAAAGCAUAUUUAAUUUCGAUAUGCUAUCGAUUAAUUGGUCAGAAUAUUUUUAUAAUAGUUUAUGUGGUAUGAGAAGAUUUCUAGCAAAAGAAGAGCCCAGCACAAUUCCAAGGGGUUUGGAGCUCAAAAAACGUUUUCUAAUUCUCCAUCGCGCAGUACAACUAUUGGUUUAUGGUGGCGGUAGUCUAUUAUUCUAUUGGACCUCUAAAAAAUUAUAUUAUUCCAUAUAGUUUAAUAAGUAAAUUAAGUUUUUUUACGUAGUAUUGAAUUAAAAAUGGUUUUGUACAAAUACUGCUCAACAGUAUUAAUUCAAAAUAAAUGGUUCAAGUCAACUUUGUCUUUAUUAGUUUUAAGGUUUAGUUGGCAUG